AACUGUUUCUUUCUUCUUCCAUUUUCUCUCUCAAUCUCUCUCCCUCUCUCAAUCUUCUGGUCUCGCCUCGUCGUCUCUUGGAGAAUUGAGAAUUGGGAAUCUGUUUUGGUUUUGCCCGAGAAAAAAACGAGAGAGAUGGGUUUCAUCUUCUCGACCGAGAAAGUUGUGUAUGUUCUUCUUCUCAUCUUCGUUUGCUUGGAAAAUUUCGGAUCAAAUGCUCAACUUUUGCCUGAAGAUGAAGGUUCGUUUCACUAUUUUAAAUCCACAUCUCAACUAAAUUUCUUCAAUUUUAUUUUCAACUCCUCAAUUCUACUUAGUUUCGAAGCAAAAUAAUUUAGAUGCUGCUUUACUAAAAAAGAAACUUUUAGAGAAAGAAAGUUAUCCUUUAGCAAAUUAUCGAAUUAACUGUAUUUUUUGUUGUCCUUGUUCAAAAAAUAUAUGUAUAUUAAAUUCCACGGGAGAUUUAUGAAGUUGUCAAAAGGUUUUCCAUUAUUACCUUUUGGUAUAAGCGUGAUUUUUCUCUAAAAAGUCGCAUUUCAAACCUAAGAUGGGAAUUUUAUUUGUGUGGUCAUAUUUGACAAAUAAAAAGCUGGAAAAUAUUGGAUUUAUUCAAGUUCGAGGACCUACCUCAAUAAUUGAAUGGUAUUGGUCGUCGUAGCUGCACGAUGCAAGAGUUAAAAAAAUUAGGAUGUGUUAAUAAACAAAUAAUUAUAUCUCAAUAUGGCAAUUCAAACAUUGCGAACGAUCUUUAGAAAGCUUCAAAACCAAACAGUGAACAUCGAAAGAACUUCUUGUUCGGACCAAAACUGGAACUUUGUUGUCGAGUCAGCCUCCAACUCACCAACCAGUAACAUUACCUGCGACUGUACUUUCAACGCCAGCUCAGUCUGUCGUGUCACAAACAUACAGCUUAAAAGUUUCAGCUUGCCCGGAAUAUUCCCGCCUGAGUUCGGAAACCUCACGCGUCUUCGAGAGAUAGAUCUUUCGCGGAACUUUCUCAAUGGAACAAUACCUACGACAUUGUCUCAAAUUCCACUUGAAAUCUUGUCUGUAAUCGGAAACCGUCUCUCAGGACCAUUUCCUCCUCAACUUGGAGAUAUUACUACACUUACUGAUGUGAAUUUGGAAACUAAUUUAUUCACAGGACCACUUCCUCGAAACCUAGGGAACUUAAGAAGCUUGAAAGAGUUACUUCUCUCUGCAAACAACUUCACGGGUCAAAUCCCUGAGUCCUUAAGUAAUCUCAAGAAUUUGACUGAAUUUCGGAUUGAUGGAAACUCUCUAUCUGGGAAAAUACCUGAUUUUAUUGGAAACUGGACUCUGCUGGAGAGGCUAGACCUUCAAGGCACAUCAAUGGAAGGUCCAAUUCCACCUUCAAUAUCAAACUUGACGAACUUGACUGAAUUGAGGAUAACCGAUUUGCGUGGACAAGCGGCCUUUUCUUUUCCGGACCUGCGAAAUCUAAUGAAAAUGAAACGAUUGGGACCUAUCCCGGAAUACAUUGGUUCCAUGAGUGAGCUGAAGACACUAGAUUUAAGCUCAAACAUGCUAACCGGUGUAAUUCCUGACACAUUUCGGAAUCUCGAUGCAUUUAACUUUAUGUUUUUGAAUAAUAACUCAUUGACUGGUCCAGUUCCUCAGUUCAUCAUCAACAGUAAAGAAAACCUAGAUUUAUCUGACAACAAUUUCACUCAGCCACCUACUUUAAGCUGUAAUCAGCUUGAUGUGAACUUGAUCUCCAGCUACCCUUCAGUAACCGAUAACUCUGUUCAAUGGUGCUUGAGAGAGGGUCUUCCAUGUCCAGAAGAUGCUAAACAGUCUUCCCUGUUCAUCAACUGUGGAGGAAGCAGACUCAAGAUUGGAAAAGACACUUAUACAGAUGACUUGAACAGUAGAGGACAAUCAACAUUCUCUUCUGUCUCUGAAAGAUGGGGAUACAGUAGUUCUGGAGUUUGGUUAGGCAAGGAGGAUGCUGGCUACUUAGCAACAGACAGAUUUAACUUGAUCAAUGGAUCAACUCCAGAGUAUUACAAAACAGCCCGUCUCUCUCCACAGUCACUCAAGUACUAUGGACUAUGCUUGAGAAGAGGAAGUUACAAACUGCAGCUACAUUUUGCAGAGAUAAUGUUCUCAAAUGACCAGACUUUUAAUAGCUUAGGGCGGCGAAUAUUCGACAUUUAUGUCCAAGGGAACUUGUUGGAGAGGGACUUUAACAUAGCAGAGAGAGCAGGUGGAGUUGGUAAACCGUUCAUAAGGCAAAUUGAUGGAGUUCAAGUGAAUGGAAGUACGUUAGAGAUUCAUUUGCAGUGGACAGGGAAAGGCACAAACGUAAUACCAACAAGAGGUGUUUACGGGCCUCUCAUAUCUGCCAUAACCAUUACACCAAAUUUCAAGGUUGAUACCGGAAAACCAUUGUCCAAUGGAGCAGUUGCAGGCAUUGUAAUCGCAGCGUGUGCGGUUUUCGGGUUGCUGGUACUUGUAAUCUUGAGGCUUACAGGUUACUUAGGUGGAAAAGAAGUAGAUGAGAAUGAAGAGCUUCGGGGACUUGAUUUGCAGACAGGAUCGUUCACAUUGAAACAAAUAAAACGUGCUACUAAUAACUUUGAUCCAGAAAACAAGAUUGGUGAAGGAGGAUUUGGACCGGUUUAUAAGGGUGUUCUCGCUGAUGGGAUGACCAUAGCGGUGAAGCAGCUUUCAUCAAAAUCUAAGCAAGGAAACCGAGAAUUUGUGACUGAGAUCGGUAUGAUAUCUGCGCUGCAACACCCUAAUCUUGUGAAACUUUAUGGUUGUUGCAUCGAAGGGAAAGAGCUCUUGCUUGUGUAUGAGUACUUAGAGAACAACAGUCUCGCUCGCGCACUCUUUGGCACAGAGAAACAGAGGCUUCACUUGGAUUGGUCAACAAGGAACAAGAUUUGCAUAGGGAUUGCGAAAGGAUUGGCCUAUCUACACGAGGAAUCAAGGCUGAAGAUUGUUCAUAGAGACAUAAAAGCGACAAAUGUGCUUCUUGAUCUGUCUCUAAACGCUAAGAUCUCUGAUUUUGGUCUAGCUAAACUCAACGAUGACGAGAAUACACAUAUCAGCACAAGGAUUGCAGGAACAAUAGGUUACAUGGCUCCUGAGUAUGCAAUGAGAGGUUACUUGACAGACAAGGCAGAUGUUUACAGCUUUGGUGUUGUCUGUUUAGAGAUUGUUAGUGGAAAGAGCAACACAAAUUACAGACCAAAGGAAGAGUUUGUUUACCUUCUGGAUUGGGCAUAUGUCUUGCAAGAACAAGGUAGUCUUCUAGAACUCGUUGAUCCGGAUCUCGGCACAAGCUUUUCGAAGAAAGAAGCGAUGAGGAUGUUGAACAUAGCAUUACUCUGCACGAACCCAUCUCCAACAUUGAGACCACCAAUGUCAUCUGUUGUAAGUAUGUUAGAAGGAAAAAUCAAAGUCCAACCACCAUUGGUGAAACGUGAAGCAGAUCCAAGUGGUUCAGCAGCAAUGAGGUUUAAGGCCUUAGAGCUUUUGUCACAAGACAGUGAGUCACAAGUCUCGACAUAUGCAAGAAACAGAGAGCAAGACAUAAGCUCCUCAUCGAUGGACGGUCCUUGGGUAGAUUCUUCCUUCUCUGAGCCUGGGAAAGAUGUUAGCCUGCAACAGCAAGAAGAAGGACGUUCAUCAUCUUCGUCGAGGAAACUUUUAGAUGAUCUUACCGAUGUGAAGAUUGAGUAAUGAAUUUUAAAUCUAUCAGAUUCUUUUAUUCAAUCUACUAAAACAACACUAUUUACCAACAGACCAAUCAAAUUUUGCUUCUUUUUUUCUUGGUUCAAUUCAAUCUAUAGAAUUUACUUGUUGCAAUAA